AAGUGCAUUUGACUCAAACCAAAGCUGUGAUUUAAACAAUAUAGUCAUCAUGAACACAAAGGUCGUGCUUUUUAUGUGCUUUGUCACUUUGGUGACCGCAUCGCCGAUUGCUCCAAUAUAUCCAGCCGCAUAUCCAUAUGGCUUAGGAGCACCUCUAGUUCAUGCAGCUCCUGUUGUGCAUGCACCGGUUGUAGCUCAUGCUCCAGUUAUUGCCAAGCACAUUGUUCACGAACCAGUCGAUCCAAAUCCACAAUAUAGCUUCAGCUAUGGUGUAAGCGAUCCACAUACAGGUGACAACAAACACGCUGAAGAGACUUUGGUAAAUGGUGUUGUACAUGGCAGUUAUUCAUUAACUGAACCAGACGGUACAAUCCGUAAAGUGACCUAUACGGCUGAUAAAAUCAACGGAUUCAAUGCAGUCGUUGAGAAGGCUGGAGUUGCCCAUCACGUUGCACCCGUUGCUAAAGUAGUGGCACACGCUCCACUCGUGUCACACGCUCCACUUGUGUCACAUGGUCCAGUUCUUGCGCAUGGGCCAGCCGUUUUCGGUGCUCCAGCCGCUUAUCAUGGUUAUUACCAUUAAAAGGAAAUUCACCCACCGCAAUAAUAAUAACAGCAACAAAACGUACUUCGAAAUAAGAAUGAAAUUGUUUUUAAAAAAAAAUGCCUAAUAUUCUAUUUUCAAUUGCCCCUUCAUUCUCAUUGUGCUAGGACUUUAAUUUAUUUCUCUUCUUCUGUUUUAAGCAAUGUGACAAAAGCAAAAUCUUUUUUUUUCAAUUGAUCACAUUUUGCCAGCCAAUUUGUUGUGCAGGCAACGAUCAAUUUUUUAUAUAUUAUUUCAUCAAAUUUAUUCUGCAUUCGUUUUACUUUCAUCCAGCUUGAGAGGAAUGAGCAAAGCAGUAAAAAUCGAAAACAAAAUUAAACAAUUGGCAAACUUUCAGACAAAAACCGCUGAGAAAAAAAAA